CUCUCUCCCUCUCUCUCUCACACACAGGGUGUGUUUACAGCCUCGGAGAGAGUUGCAUAUCUGACAUUUCUCUCUCAAACUCUGACCAGCUCUGUUCUCAUCUGAAAGAGAGAAGAGAAGAGAAAAGAAGAGAAGACACUACCCUUCUCAGUCUGUCUCUACUCAGUCCAAACUGGCAGCAGGAUCAAAUUCUAUCCUUUUAAUCCCGACCAUCGACAUCUAACCAGCCCCCGCCGCCUCCAUGGAGCGUGUUCAGCACAUGACCAAGUCGGCCAUCCGCCGGGCGUCUCAGAUCGAAGUGACUCCACAGGUCAAGAGGAACCUGCAGGAGCUGUUCGUCAACUUCACGCUCAUCCUCAUCUGUCUGCUUCUCAUCUACAUCAUUGUCCUGCUGAGCAGCUGAGCGCCGCAGAGCCAGAGAGAGAGAGAGAGAGGGUUUGGCAAAGCUGCAGCUGUGGAAAAAGGGGUUUGGCUGAAACAUUAAUCACACACACACACACACAGAUCGCGUUUCCAAGAAAGCAAUAAUAUCAUCCCCAUGUAUCAGCCCAACUCUGUUUGACAACAGCCAAUGAGAAAGGUCACAGAUAUCAUAUGCCUCCGUGUGAAAACCAUAAUGGCCAAACUCUCUCCAAUUGUGGCUGAGCUCAAGGACAAAGGAUAAUCCAUUCAAGACAUCCUGUGCCACAAAAUCUCCAGCUUAAGUGAUAAAACAUGCAAUGUGUGUUAUACUGAAAUAUCAAUACAUCACAUUUGUUUAACUUCCACUUCCCAUGAUCCCUGUUUCUACCUGCAACCGCCACCUACACCAGCUGGAGAGAGCCAAAUGUGCUGGAAAUGAUCUUUUUCCAUCAACUUUUUCACUUACUUUCAGCUUGUAACUCACAACUGGACUGUGUCUGUGGCAUGGAUUGACAUGAACUAUAACUCCCAUUGCUCAUUUCAGUAAAAGGCGUUCAAUCACGCAGCAGAGGUAAAGGUGACACUGUUGAGAAAACUCACAACACGACCAGCAGCAAAAAUGCAUCUCCUUUUUUGGUGGUUGGAUAAAAUCCAUGCCUUUGUUGUUAAUUUGCGACCGUUCUGAUUUGCAACUCUUCUUGGCUUCGUCCCCAUAGCAACAGCGACCAAGACUCAUCGGCAUUGUUGAAUUCUGAGCCAUCUGUCCUGCCAAGAACGAAAAGAUAAAACAUGACAACGUUACCAACAGAUGGCCUUGACAUAACCCUAUUAAAUCAUCCACUUGCAGACUUAUUCUGAAAUAGGGAUUCAAAUUUUGAAAACUAUGCCAUGUCACAGACAAAUCACUAUUAAAUGCACCCGAUUUUUAUGAACUACUUUAGGACUGAGGGAAUUGGAAGUCCAAUUUAACAGAUCUGUUGAAUGUAGAUGGCGUAAUAUAUUUAAGAAGAGAUGAUACAUAUAAUAUUUUUGAAGUAAUUACUGUCUCAAGUAAGUCAAUGGCAGACAUGCUUACUCACAAUGUUGUAGCAUGUUUGACAAUUGUUUAUUGUUCUUGCUCAGCAUAUAUAUAUAUUUGCGUGUAUGUGUGUGUGUGUGUGUAUCAUACUUAGGAAUCAUUCUAAGUACUGUCUAAGUGUGGCCUGUACCAUAUUUGAAGUAUAGACUGAGUGCAUCUUACCUGCAGGUGUUCCUGAUAGGCUACAUGAAAAUUUCAGCCUUGGAUAUCACAAUAUGAAGUAUGAAUCAUUUUUCUUGAGAUUCAGAUUCAUCUAUGUACAUGUGUUUGGACGUAUGUCAGAGCAACUAGUGAGCUUCAGACUCACCUCACACAACCUCCGAUAUAGGAGGCCUCACUCGUAGCUUGUCAGUUUAUCAGUGACGAAAAAGGUCACGUUGCAUUGUGUGAUGUCACUUCCCUGUUUAUGCCUAUGAGUUCUGUUUCUGUCGGGUUAUUGGGACUACUGCUGACUGGCAUUUUUGGUUAAUAACAGCACAAGUGCCCUGAUUGUGGCAGUAAAUGUGACGAAUAUAAACUGUAAACUCAGAUUUCCUAAAUCUUAAGUGCAUUAUGAAGUCAAAGAUUGUACCACCUAAUUUCUAAACUGCAAACCACCAAAUAAACUGCAUGACAAAAA